UGGAUUAUCCAUCCGAGACGGCUUACGCACCACCAAACAAGUCGGAGGAGCUUCCUUCUUCUUCCACUAGGAAAUGGCUCUGCCUCCAAGUCCUCUGUGAGUAACGAGAGCUGAUUUUGGGGCAUUUCACAAUGUCUUUAGCUCCACCCACCUCCCUUUAUCCCUAUUCUUCCCACUCUCAUCCCCUCCCCAAAUCCCAUUUAUCUUCCUUUACUCAACGUUCCCAUCCCAACUUCUUUUCCUUAUGCUUUCCCUUUCAUCUUAGUUUCUCCACCUCCUUUUCAACCCUUCACUCCCUUAAAUACUCAGCUUUCAAAACCGACACUGGACUCGGAGAUUCCCAUGAUGCUGACCAACCUCAUAGUUUGAAAUUUGCACCUGGAGCUUCUGCCCACAAGACUCGACUCUUCACCGUUGGGGAUAAAGUUAUCACUACCAGGCCUAAUUUUCAUUUCUCCUACCACAUUUCUGGAAUAUGUCAGUUCCCAUUUCAUGCUAGUUCAAUUGUUCCCCACAUAAAAGAUUCCAUGCCACGUUUCUGCUGUCAAGCCUCGCUUCGGGCUUCUACUUCUUUUUCUGAAAAUCGUGUGGCUGAAGAGAGGAGUUCUAUUUCAAUAUCUUCCAUUGAGAUGAUUCCAAAGGUUGACAAGAGCGGCAAAUUUUGUAGUCCGAGAGCUGCUAGAGAGCUUGCUUUGUCAAUUGUUUAUGCAGCUUGUUUAGAAGGCUCUGAUCCUGUUCGGCUUUUUGAGAAAAGGUUAAAUGCCCGACGAGAAUCAGGAUAUGAAUUUGACAAGACAUCAUUGAUGGAAUAUAAUCAUAUGAGCUUUGGAGGUCCGCCGGUUACCGUUGAAACAAUUGAAGAGGCAGAUGAGCUCUUACGUAAGGAUGAAAGGGAUUCUACAAUUGAGGCAGAAAUCCUCGCAGCCCCACCAAAGAUUGUCUACAGCAAACUGAUCUUACGGUUUACACGAAAACUUUUGGUUGCAGUUGGGGACGGAUGGGACAGUCGUGCGCUUAAAAUUGAAAAAGUCAUUCCUCCAACUUGGAAGAACAAGCCAGCAGGACGGAUUCUAGAGCUUUGUAUUCUCCACCUGGCCAUGUCUGAAAUAACGGUUAUUGGAACAAGGCAUCAGAUUGUCAUUAAUGAGGCCGUUGAUCUUGCAAAACGAUUCUGUGAUGGAGCAGCACCUCGUAUUAUUAAUGGGUGCCUUAGGACCUUUGUAAAGGACAUCAAAGAGAUUGAUUCAAUGCCUGCUCGAGAGAAGUAAGAAGUCCGUGCAUGACCCUGAACUUUUGGGGUGCCUCAGAACCUUUGUAAGGAUAUCGAAGAAUUUGACUCAACUCAUGCUGUGGUGCAAAAUCACUUUCAAACAUGCUCGGAACUUGUUACAGUCAACAGCAGCCAAAGUGAAGUGAUUUGAAGAAUCCCUUGUGCUUGCCGCAAUCCUCAGUUAGAAUUUCUCUCCCGUUCUCCAUGUUGCGGUGGAUUUCUGUUAUAUUUGAUUAUCCAUAGAGUUGAGUAAUGGAGGUGCAUGAGUGUGAGAGAAUGAGUAGUCAGAUUUACCCAGUACUGGGCGACAUGUUAUUAUAUGCACAAUAUUAUCAGUGUAUGAAGUUUUGAUAAAGGUGUGAUGUCUCGUUUGUACCAACCUCUGUUUAUCAUGUUUUCAUUAUGUGUAUUUUACUUUGCAUUUA